AUGGGUUCUCAAGAAUUUGUCGGUGAUCUUGCCAUAAAAAUGAUGGUGGAAAAUGGUGAUAUGGAGGUGCCGGCAAGAGUGUUUGAAGGAGUGAAGAGGAGUGUUCCACCGAAAAUGAACAAGAAGAAAAAAGAAAGAAAAGAGAAAGAAAAAGUCACAAUCACAUACGAUAAAACAUGUAUUUUCCGUAAUGGAGCAGGCCGACAUGUUACGUUAAUUGAAUGGGGUGAUCAUAAACUUAUGAAUUCUAGCUCUACUUUCACUUCAGUUGCUGAAAAUCUUGUGGUCAAAGGCAUUGAAUUUAAGAACACAUACAAUAUUGGUCUGUAUAGCCCAAAACAGAAACGCCACAGACCAGCUUUGGCAGCUGAAAUACUAGGGGACAAAGCUGCUUUCUACAACUGCAGCUUUUCGGGGAUGCAAGAUACCUUGUGGGAUGCCGUAGGCCACCAUUACUUUUACCAAUGCUACAUCCAAGGUGGAAUUGAUUUUAUAUUUGGCAAUGGCCAAUCUUUCUAUGAGGGAAGGGACUCAGCUGAUGAUCCUUCUGGCUUUGUGUUUAAAGAUUGUGAGACUCUUGGGAAAGGUAAAGCUUACCUUGGGAGAGCUUUUUCUAGAGUAAUUAUUGCCAAUUCAAAGUUAUCAGAUGUAGUAGUCCCGCAGGGCUGGAAUGCUUGGUUCAACGUGGGCCAUGAGUAA